AUGGAAGAAACAAGGAAGCUCUUUCCAAAGCCGUGUAAAAGCAAAGAACCCGUGAAAACCGAAUGGGGAUCGCAGAGCGUUGUGUUUACCUAUUUCCAAGGGGACAUUAACAGUGUGGUGGAUGAACAUUUCUCUAGAGCUCUAAGCAACGCCAAAAACCCUCAAGACCUGAGCAUGAAGCACAAGAGCGAGGCUGUUGUCCUGAAGAACGAUAGCAUGUCUCCCCAGCAGUGGAAUUACCCUUCACAUUGCUCCAAGCCRUAUCCAUCGCCGUCUGCCACGAGCAUGUCAAAUUCCGCUCUGAAUUUCGCGGCCGCCGGCAUGGCUGGCCAGUACCAACCAUCAGCCCUACGGAGUCACCUGGCUCAGCCCGCGGAUUUGUGGCCUUUCCCUUCCAUGGGAUCUCCCAGUCUUUCCAGCUCGGUGUAUCAUCAUGCCCUCCCUGACCUGCACGUGGACGAUGAGCCCAUCUCCRACAGGAAAUACGGAUCUCUUCUUGGUCUCCUGCAGCAGGAAAGGUGCCUAACGUCCAUGCAGGAAUGUGCCAUGAAGCAACACUCUAGUUCUGCUUGUAUUACUGGACCUGCUAGGUUACAAAAUAUAAGCCAAAGUUUAACUCCUGGGGGAGAGAGGAAAGCAAGCUCUUACCAAGGCUCAGAAAAUGCCAGUGCAAGCCAUGCCACCGCAGGUAUACAGACUCACGACAGAAGAGGAGAUCUGUACUUUUAGCAACUCGAUGUUUCUACUUUAUCCUUGAAGAGAGAGCUCUUCUUCCUGUGAACUCUGAUCAUUUGCAACUGUGAAUCAAGAAGAAASGGACUGCAGCCAUUCUGUGCUUUUUUUCUGUCAGCUGGAAGAAUGUGUGUAUUAUUCACUAUUUUAGGAAUGAAAAUAAUCUUCCUCUAUUCAGUAAAUAAUUUCUCAUGGUUGGAUUAAACCUGACAGAGUAUAUUUGCCAUGAAGAUGAAGACUCACUGUC